CCCGGAGCCGCGAGCAGGAGCUCGAAGCUGGGAGCCGUGCGCGCCGGGCUGGGGCCGGGGCUGGAGCGCUGCGGAGAGGGAGCGCGCCCGCCCCAGCCCCGAGUGCUGCCUACUUCCCUCCCGCCACAGCGCCGGCCCGCAGGCCACCGCCCCAGCCAUGGAUCAAGACAACAGCCCCCGGAAGAUCCAGUUCACCGUCCCGCUCCUGGAGCCGCACCUUGACCCCGAGGCAGCUGAGCAGAUUCGGAGGCGUCGCCCCACCCCUGCCACCCUCGUGCUGACCAGUGACCAGUCCUCCCCAGAGAUAGAUGAAGACCGGAUCCCCAACCCACUUCUCAAGUCCACUCUGUCAAUGUCUCCACGGCAAAGGAAGAAGGUGACAAGGACCACACCCACCAUGAAAGAGCUCCAAAUGAUGGUUGAACAUCACCUGGGGCAACAGCAGCAAGGAGAGGAGCCUGAGGGAGCCUCUGAGAGAACGGGGCCCCAGGAGUCCUGCUCAUCUGGGAUCAAAGACACAGAGUCAAGGCUGAGCACUGCUGGGGCAGCGCAAAAGCCUGCCGGAACCAGCCCUAAAACUCAGGAGAGGGACAGUAAGGAACCAGGCAAAGAAGAGCCCUCCAAGCAUACACAGCCAUUGGAUUCCCAAGGAGCCAACUCGGUCUAAGUGUGAAGAAGUUGUCCCGGAACCAUGACUGCAGCUCGGGAAGGCAUGGACACUGAAUUUGUUUAUUACUUCACUUUUGGGGAAAAUCUCGUUUUUAAAAUGUGAUAAAUUUGGUGUUAGGUC